AGCGCAACUAUAAAACAAGAGAUAGAUUACUCUCCGAUUCAAUUCCUCGAGAUAUUUGGCACCAAAGAUAUCGACGGAAGAAAGAGUUAUAUCGACGACGACUUGACCGAAGAGCGCGUUUGUCGCCGAAUCCCAAAAGUAAUUUACCCACAAAUGGCCAAAAAUCAGGCCAACCAAUGGAUUUAUGUGGUCAAUGAGGUCGAGUACACGCAGGCUGUCGUGGCUGAGAUCUGCGAAAAAGAAGGCAAAUCAUGCGCUUAUUUGGAUAGAAAUUUGCCGCCGGGUAUGUACUCCCGGUGCCGUCAGAAGUACUCAUACAAGCGAUUGCUGGCUCUGCACCCGACGGAGAAGCGCACGUAUUCAGACAAAUUCAAGUUCCCCUCGUGUUGUGCCUGUUAUGUCAAAUCCAAUGAUAUUCUCGGCAGGAGUUUGAAGGCUGGCCGCAGACGGCAC